CUUAGAGUACAACUGUAUAGCCAGAGAGUUUCAACGAAACUUCAAAAUUACGUCUUACUAGGAAUUCUAGUUAUCGCCGACUUUUCUUAACUCCCCCUUUUAAUUUUCUUAUUUUCUUCUCCUUCGCUUGCAUCUCACAAUCAACCCACUGAGAAGGCCAUCCAAGGCCAGAGGCCUUCACGAUGUCAGCUACUGUGAGGAAGUACAUGAUGAAAAACAUCGAGAAGUUUCAGCAGGACCCACCUCCAGGUAUUAGCGCGGCACCAGAAGAAAGUAAUAUUAUGCUCUUGAAUGCGGUUAUAUCCGGCCCCGAGGAUACACCAUGGAGUGGAGGUACGUUCAAAUUGACUGUUAGGUUCCCAGAAGACUUUCCAUUUACGCCCCCAGGAGUUCGAUUUGUUUCUCGAAUGUUCCAUCCAAAUAUUUACGAGGAUGGAAGAGUAUGCUUGGACAUUCUUCAAGAUCAGUGGAGUCCUAUAUUAUUACACAUCGGAUCUAUACUUCUAUCUGUCCAGUCGCUGUUGAGCGAUGCGAAUCCCGAUUCUCCAGUAAACUCUGAAGCUGCUCGAUUGUUCAGUGAGAACAAACGAGAAUACAACCGUAGAGUCAGGGAAAUCGUGGAGCAGAGCCAGGUGGCAGAUUAAUUACUAUCUUGUGCACAAAUUGUUGGAUUGUGUCCCGUAAAAAAAUGCAAUGUUACGCGUAGUGCUAUGGAAUUGUAAUGAACAUAUUAUUGGAUUACACGCUAUGUAAAUUUAACUGCGCAUUUUGUAAAGUGGUUAUAUUGAGAUGAUUUGAAAGAAUAAAAAAUUGCAGUUAC